CCAGAUCAGCCUGGUCUACAAGAGCUAGAUCCAGGACAGCCUCCAAAGCCACAGAGAAACCCUGUCUCGAAAAACCAAAAAUAAAAAACAAAAAAAACAAAACCCUGAGCUAUAUGACUAGAGUAUAGUGAGAACAUGAACAACAUAAAGAUAAAGGUGGAGCAUAGUCAUUGGCCUUCAGAGGGCUCCUGGAAAGGUGCACAUUCCUGAUGAUGCAUGUAAUAAAGUAUUGCUGAAAAGCUGAGAUCAGUAAAACCAGAGCUAACCCCUGGGCACACCAGUAAUCCCAGCAUUUGGGAGGCAGAGACAGGUUGACCUCUGAAUAUGAUGAGGGCAGCUUGGUCUACCGAGUGAGUUCCAGGACAGCCAGGGCUACACAGAGAAACCCUGUCUUGAAAAACCAUAACCAAAACAAAUCCCCUUCCCCCAAACACCUCCAAAACAAAAACAGCCAAAAACCUGGAGCUAACCAUUUCUAAACCUCAGAUUGGAAACUUUUAUCAUAUGUGGUUUCAGUGAUCUUGGGCCUCAGUCAUAGGAAUCCCACUCAUGUGGGACCUCCCUUCAGAACCCAAGGGCUUCAGCAGAGCUUGCAGCAGGCUGUGUGCUAGGAUUUGGGCAACAGAGUGAUAAGUAAGAAAUUACAGGUUGUUGCUGAUGGAGCUAGAGACACACUUAGUCAUAGGUGUGACUGGUCUGAGAGGAGCCUGUGGAUGGAGACAGGCAGACUGGAGGUUGUGAGGGUGGAGUGUGGGGAACAUACUCAGCGGAAGCACGGGUCCUGAGUAUUGCUGGUUGCUUGUGUGAUGGCUGAUCUUCAGUUGACUUGAUGGCUCUGGAAUCAACUAAGAGGCCUGUCUCUGCAGGUCUGCCAGGGAAGUUCAGGAAGGAUUAACUGAGUUGAGAAGACCCUGUUGUAUAGUGAGUGGCAUUUUGAGUGUGGCCUUGAUACAGAGAAGUUCAAAGAAGAAACAGUGUUGCUUUCCUGCCUACCUUCUCUUGCUGGUGAGUGCAUCUGUCCCAUUGCUGCCGUUGCUGCUGCCACUGCCACCACCCUUCACUGACAUUGCAACCCAGCUUCUUGGGCCUUUUGGUGUGGACUGAAGACCAUAAGCUGUCCAGGCGAGCUCUGGGCCUUUGGCACCAGAUUGAAACUCCUGAGGCUUCUAGUCUUCUUGGAUGGAGCCUCUCCAUCAUGGAGACGGCCAUUGUUGGACUGUCCAGGCCAGAUCAGGAUCUGGUGAGCUUUGAGGACGUGGCUGUGCACUUCACCCAGGAAGAGUGGGAUUUGCUGGAUGCUUCCCAGAAGAGUCUCUAUGGAGACGUGAUGCUGGAAACCUGCAGGAACUUCACUGCCAUAGGGUAUGAAUGGGAAGACCAGACAGUUGGAGAACAUUGUGAAGACCCUGAAAUAAAUCUAAGGCACAUCGACUCUCGCUCUGAAUGUACGCAGUAUGAACAUGAGGAAUUUGAACAGAAGCCACAGGACUCUAAUUUUCUUACAAGUGUUGAAGGAUGCACGGAAACUCAGACUGUGAAUGGACCUUCUGAGUGUGAGGUUUGUCUAAAAUCCUAUGGACUCUAUCACCUAACUUAUAAUGGACAUCACAACUAUGAAUACAAGGAGUGUGGAGGAAGCCCAACUAUACGAAAAUGUUAUGAAUGUAACCAGUGUGGUAAAACUUUGAGUUCUUUCAAUUCUCUUCAAAGACAUCAGAAAAUUCAUAUUGAAGAAAGACCAUAUAAAUGUCAACAGUGUAGUAAGGCCUUUAGAUGUCUCAAUGCCCUUCAGUCACAUGAAAGAAUUCAUACUGGAGAAAAACCUUAUGAAUGUAAACACUGUGGCACAGCUUUUAGCAGACUUACUCACCUGAGAUUACAUGAAAAAGUUCAUACUGGAGAAAAACACUAUGAAUGUAAACAGUGUGAUAUAGUUUUCAAAUCUCAGAGUUCCUAUCAUAGACAUAAAAUAAUGCAUGGAGAAACAUUCUAUAACUGUAAGCAGUGUGGUAAGUCCUUCAUUUACCCCUCUUUACUUCAAAUGCAUGAAAGAACUCACACAGGUGAAAAGCCCUAUGAAUGUAAACUCUGUGGGAAAGCAUUUAGAUAUCACUCUUCCAUACGGUUGCAUGAAAGAACUCAUACGGGAGAAAAACCCUAUGAAUGUAAACACUGUGGCAAAGCCUUUACACGUCAGAGUUAUCUUCAGUUUCAUGAAAGAAGCCACACUGGAGAGAAACCCUAUGAAUGUAAAGAAUGUGGGAAAGCUUUUAGGCAUCACUCUUACCUUCGAUUACAUGAAAGAAGACAUACUGGAGAGAAGCCAUAUCAGUGCGUACAGUGUGGCAGAUCCUUCAGUAGGCAGAGUUCCUUUAAGAGACAUCAGUCCGUUCAUGCUGUGGAAAACCCCUAUAAAUGUCAACAAUAUCUAAUUCCUUUAUCCCUAUUUCCUUCAAAUGCAUGAAAGAACUUACACCAGCACUAAACUUCUGCAUGUGAACUGUGUGAGAAAAUGCUUAUCCUAAUUCAUAAGAAUACAUCUAAGAACUCAAAAUAGUGAUGAGCCUUUUGUAGUAUAGCCUUCAGGGUAAUAAGGACUAUAGAACCCCACCACCUGGAAGCAGUUACCAAAGAUGCUAUCUCCUGCCCUUCAACCUUCCAUAAAAAUCUGUGGAGUUCAUAUAUCUCAUGGAGAAGUAAAGCAGGAAGAAGGUCAGAAAAGUGACUGUGAGCUACAGUAACAACUCCAGAGCCCAACCAAGAAAGCCUAGCACUUGGACUUUGGGGACCAUCUUGAGGUUAUAGAAACUCUAACAAGCAAACAUAGGGAAUCAUUCCCUAUAAUCACUAGAAGAAAGGUCUGCCCUCUCUCUCUUUCUGUUUUUCUUUUUUUUUUGAGACAGGGUUUCUCUGUGUCUUUGGAGGCUGUCCCGGAACUAGCUCUUGUAGAUUAGGCUGGUCUUGAACUUACAGAGAUCCGCCUGCCUCUGUCUCCGGAGUGCUGGGACCAAAGGCAUGCGCUACCACCACCUGGCAGGUCUUCCCUCUUAGUGAACUGCCAAUUUUUAAUGAAAACUUAUGGAUUCAAACAGAGUUCUUGAGACACACGCUUGAGUCCACUCCUGUUCUGUGGAAUGUAUUCUAUGCUGUUAUUCUCAAGUUCAAUAAAUCUAUAUACACUCUCAGUAUAA